AUGACGACGCCGUGCAGCUGGGUGACCUUUCCCAGCCGCAACUUCACUAUUGUCGGCGAACUCUACCUCCCUGAGUCCUCAGCUCCCAACCGCAAUGGAUCCGCCAUUGUAGUCGGCCAUCCCUACGGAGGUGUGAAGGAGCAAACCGCCGGCUUGUAUGCAAAGCACCUUUCUGAAAACGGGUUCCUCGCGCUGGCAUUCGACGCCGCGUACCAGGGAGAGAGCAGCGGCUCUCCCCAUUUUCUUGAAGAUCCCGGGCAGCGAGUUGAAGACUUCAAGGCCGCCGUGAGUUACCUCACUACUUUGGACGAGGUUAACCCGGAGAAUAUCGGAGCCCUCGGUAUCUGCGCCUCGGGUGGCUAUGUCCCUUUCGCGGCCCAGACCGAUCUGCGCAUGAAGGCCGUUGCAACUGUCAGCGCUGUCGAUGUCGGAAGUCUCUUCCGUGAGGGGCUGAAGUACACCACUGGGGCAUUUAACCGCACUGUUAUUGAGCAGCGACUGAAGCAGGCUGGCGAGCUCCGUACGGCCGAAGCGCAUGGUGCUGAACCUGAGCUGUCUCCAAUCGCUCCGGAAGACCCGAACAACCUGCCUCCCGACCUUCCCACCUUGUGGCGUGAGGCGAGCCAAUACUACCGUACCUCUCGUGGAUAUCACCCCCGGGCCCCGAACCGCGUUGUUACUCGCAGUCUGGACCAGGUCGUCAACUUCUGGGCCUUUAACCAGAAUGCCUUGAUCUCGCCCCGUCCCUUCCUUGUCAUUGCGGGUUCUGCCGCUGAUUCCCUUUACUUCAGUCAGCAAUCGUAUGACCGUGCCUUAGAGCCCAAGGAGCUCUUCCAGAUCCCCGGCGAGACCCAUGUCGGACUUUAUGACAACACUACCGUCAGUGGUCCUAAAUUGGUCAGCUUCUUUUCUCAGCAUCUGCCGAAAUAG